AUGGCCCGCACUGUGGAACUGUUGGCAAAGAAUAUCUUUAAAGGAGUUUUAGUAGCUGAAUUUGUAGGUAUUUGGGGAAUAUAUAUCUUGUUUAAUAAGAUGAACAUAAGCCAAGAUUUCAGACAAACAAUGAGCAAGAAAUCUCCCUUCAUCUUGGAAGUUCAUUACCAGUCUAUUCGGACCUCUGGAAUGUAUGGGAUCAGAGAGCAAGAUCAGGAAAAAUACUUGAAGAGUAAAAGUUAG